AUGGAAAAGAAUAAUGAUGCUAUUAAUGAUUACUCUUGUGCAAUAUAAAAUUAAACCAAAAAUCCCUUCUAACAUUUGUUAUUAGGAUUAGUAUAUUAUACUUAGAAAUAGCUUUCUUUCUCCAAAUAAUAUUUAUAAAAAGCUCAAGAACUUUCAAAAAACCUCUCACCAAAAGAUUUACAACGAUUUAAUUUUUCAUAAGGCAAUUUAAUUUUUAUUAAUAAAUAGAUAACAUAAUUAACAUAAAAAGAUAUAUAAUAAUAGACAUAAAAAGAUUAAUAAUAGAUUAUAAAUAAUAAAAUAUUAGAUAGAGAUUAAUUGGAUGGUUUUAUUAUAGAAUAAAAAGAAAAUGCUUUAAAAUAGGAAAAUAAGUAUAAUGAAUAUUUAUUCUAUAGAUCUUUUUUCUGGCAUUUACAUUAUUAUCUUGGAGCUGUUAAAAUUAUUUAUACCUGGUGGAAUAAUAUAAAGAAAAAAAAUUCAGAUCAAGAAUGGAUAAUUUAUCCUUAAUUUUAUAAACAUUUGCAUUUACUCCAUCAAAUUAGAAUAGAAGUAUCACUUGGAGCAUUUAAUUUGAUAGAAAGUGUAAGUUUUAAUCUUGAGGAGAUAAAAGAUUCAAUAAUUUAAUAAUAUAGCGAUGAAGUGGCAAAUAAAGAAAUUGAUUAUGAAGAAUAAUCGCUUAUUGGAUAUUGUUUAUAAAGCAUACUAUAAUAAUAUUGA